CGGGGUGGUGGUGCGCACGUUGCCGUGGCAACAAAAGGACGCAUACGGAAGAAACCGGAGGGAAGGGGGCGGGGUCAGAAGGAGGAAGCGAGGCUACGUCACGGGCCGACGGGAGAGGGCGGGGCUGGCGGUGUUUUGCGCGGGAAAUUGGGAGAUCGGCAGUCGAACGCCGGGAAGGGACUGAAUGUUGAGAGGAAAAUGCAGUUUUCUAAAGGGAGAUGGAGAGGAUCAAGGCUGGUGGAUGUCAAGGAAGAUCCGUACCCAUUUAGUCUUCAAUUGUAUCUCCAGCCUCCAACUGAAAACAUUUCUCUCAUAGAGUUUGAAAGCUUUGCCGUUGACAGACUUAAAUUACUCAAAGUAGUUGAGAACCUGGGGGUGAGUUAUGUGAAAGGUACACCUCAGUACAAGCAAAAGCUGGAAUCGGAGCUCAAGAACCUCCAGUUUCCAUACCAUGCUUUGCUUGAAAAGGAUUAUGACAGAAGAAGAAAAGAUCAUAUUUCCCACUUCAUAUUGCGACUUGCUUACUGCCAAACGGAGGAACUUAGGCGGUGGUUUAUUCAACAAGAAAUGGAUCUCUUCCGCUACAGAUUCACUCAGCUAAAUGAAGAUGUGAUUAAAAAAUUUCUUGCAUAUGUUAAUUUGACAUAUGAUUCUGUUUCAGAAAUUGAAAAGAAGGAGAGUGCAGGUGAUCUGCGAAGUGCAACUCCUGGUUUUAGUGAUUCUGAUGUCAAAGAUAACGUCUUCUAUCUGGUUCCUUUCAGUGAUGCUGCGGAUUUAGUUCGUGUGAGAAGAGUUUACUUUCUUGGUGGUUAUGCCUAUGUCCCUCAUCAGGAUUUCCUUGCCAUUCUCUUGAACAAUUACAGAACCAGACUGUCAAAAGCCCUGGCAAUCACAGCACGCUCGCUUCCCAUUAUACAGACCGAUGAGAGACUCCAGCCUCUGCUCAGUCAUCUCAGCCAUGCAUACGUUGGUCCAGAUUACAGCAUUGAAAAAAACAUGGGGAAAAUUUCAAUAGAACAGAUUGAUUCUCUUUCGGUGAAAUCAUUUCCCCUCUGCAUGCGCCAGCUGCACAAAGCUCUGCGUGAGAACCAUCAUCUCCGUCAUGGAGGCCGUAUGCAGUAUGGCUUGUUUCUAAAGGGCAUUGGCUUAACACUGGAACAAGCUUUGCAGUUCUGGAAAGUGGAAUUUAUGAAAGGAAAAGUAGAUGCAGACAAGUUUGACAAAGGAUAUGCUUACAACAUCCGGCAUAGCUAUGGAAAAGAAGGCAAGAGAACUGAUUAUACUCCAUUCAGCUGCAUGAAAAUUAUCAUGUCCAAUCCACCAGGCCAAGGGGAUUAUCAUGGGUGCCCAUUCCGCCACAGUGAUCCUGAGUUGCUGAAGCAGAAGCUCCAGUCGUAUAAAAUCCCUCCUACUGGGAUCAGUCAGAUUUUGGACUGGUGAAAGGAAUGUCAUUACCAAUGCUUGGCCUGUCAGAA